AUGGCUAAACCAGUAGAUAUGGAAUUGAGAAAGGCAUUCAUGGAAUUGCAACUAAAAAUGGUCGAGACUAGUGAAAAAAUUCAAAUAAUAGACUCCCAAAUAGACAUGUUGAAGCGUGUAUUACAACAUGUAGAUGUUACUCAGCGUGAGAUCAGUACAUUUCCAUCUGGUACUAAAACUUAUGAAUCCGUCGGCAGAAUGUUUCUACUUACAAAUUUAGAUGAAGUCAAGACGAAUCUUAAGAAUCGAGAAACUCAACUAACAGCUCGAACUACAGAAUUAACAAACAAUAAGCACUAUCUGGAGAAGAAUCUAAAAGAAAGUGAAGAUAAUAUCAGAGAAAUGGUACAGCAGAGGAAGGAACAAAGUGAUCCGAAGACCAACUAA